AUGUGGCUUCAAAAAUAUCUCGCUAAAUUUGUUUACAGGCCUCCAAGAUCUAAUUACGAUCCGAAUUCGCUCACAGAUGCAAUGCAAUCGUUGUCAGGAGAAUAUGUUGCGCGUAUUCCUUUUGAAUUAAAAAAUUCCAGAGGACUCAAAAUUAUUGGUUCGAUUUACAUGGCUACCAAGAAGAUUUCAGGAAAUCCAGCAGUUUUAUAUUUGCAUGGUAAUGCUAGUUCGCAAAGAGAAGGAGCAUUUUUAACUCGUCAUUAUUAUGAUCUCGGAAUUUCAGUUGUCUGCGUAGAUUUAAGCGGAUCUGGAAUGUCCGAAGGUGAAACACUCGGAAUGGGCUAUACCGAAAGAGAUGAUGUAAGAUGCAUCAUUAAUUUCAUCAGGCAAACAUACGGAAUCGAAAACGUAGCACUCUUCGGACGAUCUAUGGGUGCUGCUACAGCCGCCUGGUUUGCUUGCGAAAAUACUGAUAUUUCAGGAAUAAUUUGCGAUUCUUCUUAUAUUUCUUUAUGGGAUGUCCUUAUGGACUUCACAUCGAGAAACAUCUUCUUAAGAGGACUGGCGUAUAUUUUGUACCCAUAUGUUGAUAAUGCUGUGAAAAAAUACGGUAAUUUCUCAAUGAAUGAUAUAAAUUACCGCGAUGAGUUGAAAAACGCAACAAUUCCAGCUUUAUUCGUUCAUGCCUACCAAGAUAACUUCGUAGGAAUCAAUGAAUCUCAAGAAAUUUUCUCCCUUUACGGAAGCAAAGAAAAAUUCCUAUUAACUAUCGAAGGAGGACACAAUAAUGCAAGAAAGAGAUACGUUCUUGAACAAGAAAUUGUUUUCCUUUGCAAUGUGUUCGGAAUCACUGAAUAUUCAGGAAUAUCGACCACGGAAGAUGACCAACAGAUCAGCCAACAGGCACAUUUCACCAGUAUUGCAGAUAUGAUGGCCCAUUAA